AUAUAGAAGCACAACAGCAGCUUGUUUUUAUGUCUGUGAAAGUCUGAGAUUUAGAAAUUUGGCUUAAAGUGCGCCGGAACACUGCGCAUCCCGUUCUCUGUUCGCAUGAUGGAUAGAGGAUUGAAUGUUUCAUUUCCAUUCUAAAAUAAGUCAGAUUGAGCAUAGAUCAAGCUCUUAGCAGUUGGCUAAAGGGUAAGAGUGACCUGUGUGAGAGCAGUGGGCUGCCAGGAAAGUCUCAAAAACACAAAUUCAGGGUGAAUCAAACAUGAAAGAUGGUUUGCACGUUCAUAGUGAUGAUUAACUUGCAAAUUUUUCAAAUAUUCAAAACUUUCUGUACACUAUUAUACAUUUUUAUGUGGGGUUUUGAAUUUGAGAAAGUAUUUUAUGACCAUGUAUUUUUAUUUUGUGGCCAUAAAUUGUUCCUAUACUGUCAAUUUAUUUAAAUGUUUUGUGCAUGUGAAUUUAGCUACUUAUGCAUAAAUAUUAUCAGUGAAUUCUUUUUAAAACUAUCUGGCCCCCAUAAUUGCCUUGCACAGAUUUUUUAUAUUAAUAUACAGUGUAUAUUAAUAUAAUAUUAAACUAUAAUUAAUAUAUAGUGACAGUAAACCUUGACGUGGCCUAAACAUUGCAAUAUGUAGCAGUUUUGUCCAAAUAAUUGAAAAAGAUUUUGAAGGACAUGAUAUUUGAAUGUUUGUGAAUUUUAGGAUCACAAAUGACGAUGGGAGGUGUCCUGGGUUAAUCUCAAAAGAAAACUUCAUUGCUGGUGUGUAUAAAAUGCGAUUUGAGACAGAAAAAUACUGGGAUGCUUUGGGGGAAAUAUGCUUCUAUCCAUAUGUAGAGAUUGUCUUUACCAUCACUAAUACAUCACAGCACUACCAUGUUCCUCUACUUCUGAGUCGUUUCUCUUAUAGUACAUACAGGGGAAGUUAGAUGUAAAGCUGCAUGUAUGACAGUGCAGUACUGCUUGUGUACUCCCACUGUGUUGCCACUUUAUAUAAUCUUCAGUUAUAAGUCAUUUUAUUUUGUUGAUGAGUUGAACAUUACACAUUAAUGUAGAGGAUCAAUAAAUAAUAUGUUGACGUCGCAAA